UAUGCAAAUAAUUUUUAAGCAAUUAUGCCAGCAAAAAUCUUUAUUCGUUAUCAUGAUUUACUUUUAUUUAUUAGAAAAAUCAAUAUUGCUCUGUAAUUGUGUUCAUGGAUUCAGAAACAAUACCGAAAGCGCCGAACUUGUUUCACACUAUGAAUCAAGUUUAUCAUUGCCAGACAUUCUGCCAAUACCAUCAAAAACUUAUGACAAGAAUCGUGCACCCAAAUUAUUGGGCCAACCUACUGUUGUAUAUUUUCAUGUAACAGUUUUAUCUUUGGAUUCAAUUAAUGAAGAAUCUAUGACAUACGUCACUGAUAUAUUUUUAGCACAAAGUUGGCGAGAUCCACGACUUCGACUUCCUGAGAAUAUGAGUGAAGAAUAUCGUAUUUUGGAUGUCGAUUGGCUUCAUAGCAUUUGGCGUCCUGAUUGUUUUUUUAAAAAUGCUAAGAAAGUUACCUUUCACGAGAUGACAAUACCAAAUCAUUAUUUAUGGCUAUAUCAUGAUAAAACAUUAUUAUAUAUGUCUAAGUAA